AAGUGAGUCCUGGGUAGCCUCGUGUCUCUUAGCAACGCCCAGGAUCACCUGAUGGAACCAGCUGACUCCGGUGCGGGGAGGCUCAGUGGGCGGCCGUGACUGGAGCGGUGGUGGCUUCCAGGAUCGCCCGGCGGACGACCGAAGCCCGACAGUCCUCGUCAGCAUGUCGGGCAAAGACCGAAUUGAGAUCUUUCCGUCGCGGAUGGCACAGACCAUCAUGAAGGCACGAUUAAAAGGAGCACAGACGGGCCGAAACCUGCUGAAGAAGAAGUCUGACGCGCUGACUCUGCGAUUUCGACAAAUCCUGAAGAAGAUAAUAGAGACUAAAAUGUUGAUGGGUGAAGUGAUGAGAGAAGCUGCCUUUUCAUUAGCUGAGGCCAAAUUCACAGCAGGAGACUUCAGCACCACAGUUAUCCAAAAUGUAAAUAAAGCCCAGGUGAAGAUUCGGGCAAAGAAAGAUAAUGUAGCAGGUGUUACUCUGCCGGUAUUUGAGCAUUACCACGAAGGCACUGACAGUUAUGAACUCACUGGUUUAGCCAGAGGUGGGGAACAGUUGGCCAAAUUAAAGAGGAAUUAUGCCAAAGCAGUGGAAUUACUGGUGGAACUAGCUUCUCUGCAGACUUCCUUUGUCACUCUGGAUGAAGCGAUUAAGAUAACCAACAGGCGUGUCAAUGCCAUUGAGCAUGUCAUCAUUCCUCGGAUUGAACGUACCCUUGCUUAUAUCAUCACAGAGCUGGACGAGAGAGAACGAGAAGAGUUCUAUAGGUUAAAGAAAAUACAGGAGAAGAAAAAAAUCCUCAAGGAAAAAUCCGAGAAAGACUUGGAACAACGGCGAGCAGCCGGAGAGGUGAUGGAGCCUGCCAAUCUGCUGGCUGAGGAGAAGGACGAGGAUCUUCUGUUUGAAUAACCUUUUCUGCCUUGGUUCUUUGAGGAACCUAACAGUGACUGUGUGAAUUUGUGGUGCAUAGGCUGUUUUCUUUCUGGCCCAAGAAUUCCACUGAUUGUAAAAUCUUCCCAGAUGUUCAUUUAUGUGAUUGCUCUUGCAAACUCUUCAGUGCAUCUGUUUAUCACAAGUGGCUGAAAUUUGUAACUGUUAGUAACUUAAGAGUUUACUCUGCUGCAGAGUCACUUGUUCCAUUUAUCUGUUACACGUGAUUUGCUUGCCAGGCAUUGUAGGAAGCGCCCUUAAGAAACAUUAGUGUUCUCAGGCCAGCUACUGUACAGCUUCCUCCAUUCCUGCUCGCUGGUGAACCUUGGCACUGUUGCUGUGUCGCCUUGGCGCUUCUCUCCUCAAGCUUUUGUGACAACCUUCACUCACUUUUCCUUGCAUGACAGGUGUUUAUCUUGUCUAUCAGCGGAGUGGUUCUGCCAAUUUAAAUGUGACAAUGGUAUGGAAUAAAGUGAUUUAAAAACAAA